GUAGACUGCUGCCACAUUCCAGACUUCUUUCCCACCGCACGCAAUUCAUUCUUUUGCAUUCUUCGCGUCGCAAUUUGAACAUAGCGCUCCUCAUUAUCUAUCCAGCUACACAUCCCUAUCCAGGACAUUCGACGACGGCCAUCCGGUACUGACUUAUCCCCUGAGUGGGAGACCUCCCUGGGGCACACUCUCUCCACCACCACCAUGAUCUCCACUGGACGAAUAACGCUCCCCCCCGCGGGGCUCGCCAUCAAAGCGACCCUCACCCUCGUCCUCUUCAUCCUCCUCAUCGAACUCUUCUCCACCUCGCACCCCAUCACCUCGCGCGUGCUCCCGCCCUCAAAAACCGGGCCCAACCUCAUCCACCACGGCAACAACCGCUGCCUGCCGCGCGCCGACGAAACCCUCACCACGCUCGCCCUCCAAUUCCGCGAAUCCUGCGCGGAGUACUCCCCCCACGAACCCUCCCAAGGCCGCAUCGGCGUCGUGACGGCGCAAUUCGGCAACCCCGAGGCGCACUACUCCAAGGCCCUGCAGACGCACCACCUGCACAGCAUGAUCCACAGCACGGAGCUGCACGUCAUGUGCGAGCAGAUGAUUGACGACCUGUGGAACAAGCCGGCCUUCCUUCUCGCGCUGCUGCUCGACGAGAUGCUCAAACCCGCGCACCAGCGCCUCGAAUGGAUCUUCUGGGUGGACCGCGACACGGUGAUACUCGACCAAUGCCGCCCCAUCUCGUCCUUCUUCCCGCCGCCGCCCAAGGACCCAAAGGCGGAGAUCAAGACGCACAUGGUCGCCACAAAGGACUGGAACGGCCUCAACAACGGCAUCUUCGCCAUGCGCGUCAGCCACUGGAGCAUCAACCUCCUCAUGGACAUUCUCGCCUUCCGCGACUACCGGCCCGACGUCCAGCUCACCUUCACCGAGCAGUCGGCCAUGGAGCUCGUCCUGCAGAUGCCCAAGUUCGCGCCCCACGUGCAGUAUGUGCCGCACGAAUGGUUCAAUGCGUAUCCGCACGGCGAGGCGACCGAGUACGAGACGGCGGAGAGCAAUGACGGGUGGGAGCGGUACCAUGCGAGGAGGGGGGAUUUCCUGGUGCAUUUCGCGGGCCGCGGGGAUCGCUCGAGGGAGAUGAAUGAGUGGAUUAGGGUGGCGAGGAAGAUGGGGAACAUCUGGGCCGGCAACGGGACGAGGGUGCAGCGGAACGUGACGCCCGAUGUGCAGAAGUUUUGGGCCAAGUUGGAGGAGGACAGGAGGAGGAUUAGUGAUUAGGGGCGGGACUUUUGGUUUUGCGAGUGGUUUGUUUUUCUUUCUUUUCCCUCUCUCUUUUCAUCUCUCUUUUUUCAUUCGGCCUGUAUAUAUAUGUUGGAUUUCGGAUCCGCGGUUGGGCGUUCGAAGGCGUGCGUUGCAUCCCAGGGUUGUUGGGUCGUUGUCGCGCAUCUAUUCACCAGCUUUUGA